AUGGAACCUCAAACCUCUGCCAUGUCAUGCGUUCCUUCCCACCCACCUCAGCAACUCACCCCUUCCAAGAAACGCAACUAUGUCGGCGAGUUCGUACACGAUCCUUCCUCUAUAACACCGCCACUUGAUUUCCAAAGCACUCCUGUGACUCGGUCACGUUCUGCUUCCCCUGCUCUCAGCACCGCGAGCACGCCUUUGACCGAGUUAGGGUCCACCCCUGUGAUGAGUCCCUCAAAACCCGAGAUGGCACCCUCCGACUCCAAGAAACGCAAGCUCACGUUUGCCGAGCGAGAAGUCGAAAAGGCCUUAAAGAGGCAGGAAAAGGAAGAAAAAGAACGACAGAAAGCCGAGUCAAAGGCCAAGAAAGAAGAAGAAAGGAAGCAGAAAGAGGUAGAAAAGAAACGCAAAGAAGAGGACAAGAAGCGAAAAGAAGAGGAGAAGAAGGCCAAGGAUGCUGUCAAGGAGGAAAAACAGCGACAGAAAGACGCCAUCAAGGCCGAGAAGGAAGCAGAAAAGGGACGAAAAGCUGCUGAGGCCUUGAAGAAAGAGAGAUCACAAAUGCGGAUUGGCGCUUUCUUCGGCCGUCCUGUUGCAGCAUCUACGCCUCCUGAUAGCGCAGAUGAUGUAUCAAUGGGGACACGCAGUCGUCGAUCAUCAAUUGCCUCUCUCGAUAUGGCACCACCACUGAUUGAGACCAAGGCCCGUGAACCAGCAAAUCCCGAGUUCAACAAAUGGAUUCUACCGUUCUUUGUCAGCGAAAACAUGGAGUUGGCUCCGUUCAAUCGCUUCCACAAGUCAACAACCGAGGCAACUUUACCGCUCAAUCAGGGCAUCAAACCAGAAAAGCUCAAUACACAAUUUCGAAAACGUAGACGGACGGCUCGGAUUAAGCCUGUCAAAGCGAUCUUGGAGGUCUUGGAGGAAAUGAAUGAUUCGACAGACACAGGUUCGGCUCUUUCCGGCUAUAGAGACCCGUUCGCAACGAUCCCAACCAAGUACCUCUACUUCCAUCAGGAUGUUCGACCGGCAUACCAGGGUACUUACACAAGAGUUGUCUCGCCUCGGACCAGUCGCAAGAUUGCCGUCAACCCGGCUCAUCGGGGUUUGCCAAACACAGAUUAUGACUACGACAGCGAGGCUGAAUGGCAGGAGCCUGAAGAAGGCGAUGUUGAUCUGAUGGACGAAGAUGAGAAGUCAGAAGAUGAAGACGCUGACGAGGAAAUGGACGAUUUUCUUGACGACGAAAAUGACAUGCUGAAGCGACAGACCGUGUCUGAAUUGGAGCCCAAAUCGAGUGGAUUGUGCUGGGAAGGCACAAACACAUCGCCCCAAGAAGGAUUCGACCUUUCGGUCUAUCGAAUCGACGUCUUGCACGAUUCAACCACAUUUCCCAUUGAUCCGUUCUCGACGAAGCACUGGUCUGAUACAGGCAGGCCAUCACCUGCCAAGCGUGAAAAGACUCAGACAACGAACACACAAACGCCAAUGCAGCCUCCGAGGUUGCCCCUGAUGACAGUUGAUCCCAACAGUGGAAGUCUGACUCUAACAUCAGUUCAAUCGGAUGACAUGCACGAGCAGGCUGGAAAGAAAUCAACACAGGCCAAAGCCAAAUCCGUCAAGCCGGUCAAAUUGAUUGAUACAAACCUAUUACCAGCUUUCAAAAAUGCUGUAUCAGGAAGUACUCUCACCAAGAUCGGCUUAGUCGAAGUGCUGAAACAGCAAUUUCCCAAAUGUGCCAAAGAUGCCAUCAAAAACACUCUCGAGUGCAUUGCCACGAGACAAGGCACGAAGGAGGCAGAAAAGAAGUGGGUGUUGACAGAGUAG